AUCGCGUCUCAACCCUCCAUCAUUUCGGGAGCAACGAAAGCAGACAUGGACCAAUGAAGGGGCCGAUUCUCUCUGUCACUUGCUCACGACAUGCCUCCGGCCAUAAUCGCCGACUCAGAUGACGAUUCUGAUGGCGCACAAGACCAUGUACUUGCGCCAGAAGAACCGGCUGAACACGGGCUGCUCCUGGCGACGCGGUCCUCUGAUCGUGGUAGCCAUACUACGAACUCAACGGACCCGGUCCUCUUCCAGAAUAUUUACAACGAGCACAAAGCUGCAGGUGACCAGCAGGCUCUGACCGCCGGCGCAGGUGAAGGUCUAGAGGUGGGCGAUGCUGCGGGCCGGACCGCGACUCCUAGUCGGAUGGAUGCUCAAAACGAUCUUUGGAAUAUCCCAAGCAGCCCCGAAGCCAACGUUGCAAAGAGAAUCAAGCCGCUAUCUGCCAAGCGAACCACAUCCGUCAAAGUUACCCGAGGUCUACGCAGAAAUCUGGAGAUGCUCGGUUACGAGAGCGUUAGUGACGACAAUUACGACGAGCCCAUCCAUGAGAGGCGGAAAAGAAGGAAGGUAGGCGCCUCCAGGGACUUUCAGAGAAGCAGCAAUGAUGUGAGUCUGGUCGAACUACCUCCAGAUGGCGGGCUUCCAUCGGCGGCCUCACAAAGCGUCAGCACCGAAUUUGCCGCGGAUCAAGGCGUCAACCUACCAAUGGACAGGACCUCACCACCUCUUCUCAUUGCUCCAAGACAACUCUCCGCAAGCCAAAAGCGCGAGUACCAGAGUGUGGAGGCACCGUUUAGUAGUCCAGCUGGGAGGAUUAUGGAGGUACGCAACCCUGCAGUGGGAUCCAGCGGAACCGCGACAAACGUCAACACGCAGAGGAGCCACAUGUUAUCUUCUUUCGACGUCGGUCUAACGGUGAGAACACCGGAACACGAGAUGAUAAGAGUCACAAGAAGGACCAGCCCAACGCCACGACAACGGCGCAAUUCGUCUCCCGACGUGAUUACAUCUAUGGCUCCGCCAACGCAGACACCAAAGCCCAAGGCAACGAGGGCGAAACAAGGUGGCACAAGCACAGGAGAGGCGACCAACCCGUCACACAGCGUGGGCAAGGGUGACGAGGUCUGGGCGGCAUCCAAGGCAGAGGAAAGUGAGGGCUCCGAGUACACCGCCCCGGAGAGCCAGGUAAAACCCAAGAGGCCGCGAGGACGUCCAAAGAAAGGCCGAGAGGACAAGCCGGAUGCCACAUCGACAUCAGCCACCCAAGAAGCUGCGGCCAAGCCCAAGAGGAAACGGGGGAGACCGAAGAAACGAGAGACCCUCGCCAAGGACGACCAUGCUAUGUCCGUCACCGAUGAUGCAUCAGCGGUACAGGCGGCCGCCGACAGGAAGCUCAGCCAUGUCACGAAGACGGAUCUUGCUUCGGAAGGUGACGUGGACAAUGAGCCGAGAGUGCCAACUUCAACCACAGAUCCCCAACGAGGCUCAUCCACAAAGGAGGGCACGCGUGACGGGCCGAAACAGACAACCACAGAUCUCGUGGAGGUGCCCGUGCCGGAGAAGACAGGAAAGGAGCCAUCUGAGCUUGGGAAGAAGGAACUGCCGGUGAAUGACACCGUGCCGAACAACAGGAGUACCUCGAAGCUGGACAGUACGGGGAAGCCGGUCUACCGUGUCGGGCUGAGUAAACGGUUGAGGAUAGCGCCACUUCUAAAAUCACUGCGCAAGUAAGGAAGGCAGAAUCUUUCCCGGGGAGGGGGAAUGCGACGGGGGCUUGAGCAGCCCUGGGGACCAAGCGCUGUGAUUUGGGACUGGACGGGUUUCACAAGGCCAACGGCGGACAGUCGAACUACGCAGCUGCCGACGAGGACUUGCAGGCAUUGAAGACAUAGCUUUGUGCGUACGGGGCACUGCGCGGGGGGUCGCCAAUUACAAGCUUGGCUGGACGACAAAUGUAUGUCGGUAGGUACUUCGUACUUCGUACCUUUGAUCAAAGUCAAACAGGCACAGCAAGCCAACAGCAGGAGGUCAACGCGGGAUGCUGCGGGCUGAGCCAACCAGCCGUUGAGGAGACGACGCGCCAUGACGAUCGGCGUGCAUAGCGGGUUGCAUGGGCGGGGCCGUGGCACCUGUCUGGCCUUUGCUCACGGAGCAUGCGACCGACCUGCUGCAUACCUACCUGACCUCGUGUGGCGGCAGGCGGCACGGCGAGAGGAGCCACGAGGCAGAAUGCUCGGCGAGCGAGGUGGACGAAGCGGUAAGGGUGGGGGGGCCAUUGUGAUGUUGAGGGCAACACGGGAAGGGACAGCGGCUGGCCACGGAGCCAGGUCCGGGUAAGUUUCGUCGCGGCGAAGGGCAUAUCCGGGGCAGCUUGAGACGUGGUGAUGCAAGGGAAGAUGGAUCGUGUGCGGCAGCAACACAAGCGCCGUUUCCGCACGGGACCCGUGACGAGAGCGUUUGGGGGGGGGGUUUGCGUCUCAUGUUGUUCCGUUUGCACGGGUUGUGACCCUUCUUCCUGUCGAGAGGCUUCGGCACCGUGGCCGACAAGGGGCACAUGACGGACGGAACGCUAAUGAGAAACGGCGGGG